AUGCCCGUGCGGGAGCACGAGCAACCCGACCGACAGGGUUCAGCGAGCUCGGCCAGUAGCUGGAAGUCCCAGGACACCGUCCGGAAUAACGACACCAAGCGCCCAGAUCCGAAUAAAUCAUCAUCCAACGGUCGCAAUGCCGACCAGUUUCCAGGAAGUUUAGCUAUGGACAAACCGGGGCCGUCCAAAGCUCAGGGAAUGGACUGGAGUUGGACAUGGAGCUCCCCAGACAUUUCCCCCACCGAGGAACGGAAAGGCUCUGGGUUCAGCAAGCAUCGCAAGGCUCUGGCAGUCUUUGGAGCCGGUGAUGAUCCCGCCCGGUCGUUUUCUUCGACUCCACAGCCUCCUCCUAUCAACCCUGCUCGCCCUGGCCCCGAAGAACUCGACUCGAUCGCCCCGUGGGUCACGACGGGCGGCUCUGAGGGUCCCGGGACCUUCUUCAACUCCGCCUCCGAAUAUGAAGCUUCGCCUGCGUCGGCCACGUUUCGCCCGACCACCGGGCGGACCUUUGCGAGUGAACCCGCCGAUUUGGAUUGGACUGGGGACCGUCGCAGGCCGUCUGCGACGAGCAUGACGAGUAGCACUGGGUCAAAGUCAAGCACCGGCGCGAAGCUGUGGAAGAAGAAAUCCAGGGCUUCGGCUAGUGAUGAGUGGCCCGUGCCAGAUGAACCUGAUGAGGAUAGCCAGCAUAACCCGUACGGUUGGCGCGCAGGGCCAAUUGAUAAAGUCAAAGCUCGAGAGAGAGCCAACUCGGAUGGUUCAGAAGCAUCGCAGCGGCCGUCGCGAGCUCGAGCGGGAACCCCUGCCCCUUCAAGUGAGGUUACGCCAUGGCUAUAUCAGAAUGUUCACGACAUAUCACAAUACGGCGAAGCUCCCGUACGACAAGUGCCCAUCGGCCCUGAUGGGCAGCGUCUUGCAUCCGCGGGAGGCCUUCCCCGAGGUUCGGCCAGAGAUACUCACCGAAGGGCAGCUAAUGGACAUCGCCAUUCACGCAGCAAAGAGGAGAAGCCAACACUUGCCGGCGACCUGGCAGGAUACCAGUCUCGGCCCUCGGGUGGCCGAGAUGACUUCUCUGUCGGACUGAAACCCUUCAACGAACAUUACCUCAAUUCCUCUAGCGCCAUGAGCUCACAAACCACCCUGGGUGGCCGACCUACCAGUCCGACACCAAGUAUACAAAGUGCUAUCUACCGUGAUCAUGGUCAGAAUUCGCCGGGGGGUCCACACGAUAAGCGAGGUCUCUUAACUCGAGUUCGACAUCUAUUGCCGGGUUCGCACAAGCCGCACGAAAAGUCAAAACACGACCAUACACUGCGCAGGCAACCAAGUCUCGAAGGGAGUUCUCCUCGUCUGGAUUCGGCAGACUCGGACCGAAAGAAGGAGACCGCAAAGCGCAAGCUCAAGCGAUUCCCCAUCGGUGGAGAUCCCCACGCUUCAAGAGAGAACACAGCUCAAAACGAAGAAGGCUCGCAUGUCUUCAAGCUGGAUACCAAUUUGAAGGAUUUGGACGACAUCGUUCGCGCAGCUUCUCCUGGUCAAAUGAAGCGCAUCGCUGAUGGAACUACCACACCACGGGAGGACCCGACCAAGUCUGAACAGACAGGGGCUCUGGACACCUGGUUGGCUCCGGAAAGUUGGGCUGUCAAGAAGGAAAAGGACCCUGUUGUGGAGACUGGACCACAACCUACUAGUGCUGCUUAUUUCAUACGCGUCUUCCGCAUCGACUCGACAUUCGCAACGCUCUCGGCUGGUGUCAACGCCACCGUUGCCGAGAUCCUGUAUAUGCUCGGGCGCAAGUCUUUCCUGCAGGAUCAUCUCAACAACUAUGAGAUUGUGCUGCGGAAAAAUGAUCUGUCUCGACAGCUUGACCAUAGCGAGCGGCCGAUCCUCAUGCAGAAACAACUGUUGGAACAAGUUGGCUAUACCGAGAAGGAUCGUAUAGAGGACAUUGGCCGUGAGGACCACAGCUACCUCUGUCGCUUCAUCUUCUUGCCGACGAAACUCAGCGGUUAUACCAGUCUCGAAGGUGAUCCUGGCUUUAGCAAGAUGUCAAAGUUCAGCCACGUUGAUCUUCAGGGUCGAAGCCUGGUCACUAUUCCCAUCACCCUGUACAAGAAGUCCUCCGAGAUCAUCUCGUUGAACUUGUCCCGGAAUCUGUCUCUUGAUGUGCCGAAGGAUUUCAUCCAGAGCUGCAUCAACUUGCGGGAAAUCAAGUUCAUUGGAAAUGAGGCUAAACUUCUUCCGUCGAGUUUCAGCCUGGCCAGUCGCUUGACUUACUUGGACAUAUCCAACAAUUUCUUGGAGGAUCUGGAACACGCACAGCUUGAUCGACUGAUAGGUCUCGUCAGCAUCAAAAUGGCGAAUAACCAGUUGACCAAACUGCCCAGUUACUUUGGAAACUUCCAGUAUCUCCGAAGCUUGAACAUGUCUUCGAACGGCUUCAAGGUGUUUCCUGAAUUUUUGUGCAAGCUGCGGAGCUUGGUUGACCUCGAUAUCAGUUUCAACAGUAUCGAGGAAAUUCCCAACAUUGGCCAGCUGGUCACGCUUGAGCGUCUUUGGAUGACGAACAACAAUAUCAGCGGGUCUCUUGAUGAGUCUUUCCGGGAGCUGGUGAACCUGAAGGAGAUUGAUGGUCGCUUUAAUGCAAUCACCAACAUUGACUAUUUGUCCCGGCUGCCUCGCUUAGAGCAAGUUUUCUUUGGUCACAAUCUCAUAUCCCGGUUCCGCGGGGCAUUCCCCAAGUUGCGCAGCUUACACAUGGAUCACUGCCCGCUGACCCAAUUUGAUAUCGAUGCUCCGAUGCCGACUUUAAGCUCUCUUAACCUUGCAUCUGCCAAGCUCUCACAAUUCCGUGAUGCCAUGUUUGAGAAUUUGCCGAAUGUUUCUAAGCUUAUCCUCGACAAGAACCAUCUGUCGUCAAUCUCAGCACAAAUUGGCAAGCUGCGGCGCUUGGAGCAUUUCAGUAUCAUCAAGAAUCCACUCGGUUCUUUACCUGCCAGCAUUGGAUGCAUGACCGAGCUCAAGGAGCUUAACGCGCGAGAAUGCAAUCUCAAGUUCUUGCCAGAUGAGAUUUGGCAUUGCGCCAAGUUGGAGACUCUCAAUGUUUCUACCAACCUUCUGACUACCUUCCCCAAACAUGGUGCCCCUCAACCUCUCAUUCCUGGCGAGCCGACCACGACUCCAGUGACAACCCCAGCACCGAUUGGAAACUCCAUCCAUGAGGAACUGGGUCCUCUAGAUGAAAUCAGCUUCCGUCGGCCCAGUCAAACUUCCGGUGCUGCUGUGGGGUCUGGGUCUUCUCCCAGUAACUCAUAUCGACACCCCUCGGCUACACCUUCUAUUGGGCAAAAUGGGCCAAGAAAGGUUUCAGCAGCAUCGCGGACCGCCACCGAUGCGAGCUCCGGGUCUCGCAAGGACUCCAAUUUCUCGCAGCAUGCAGCCGCUCUCACUUUUGCGGGGUCUCUUCGCAAUCUGUAUCUUGCUGAUAACCAGUUGGAUGAUGACAUUUUCCGCGAGCUGGCCCGUCUCCCUGAACUUCGUAUCGUCAACUUAUCAUACAACGAGUUGACAGAGCUACCACAAGGUGUCCUUAAGCGAUGGCCUUUGAUCUCCGAGCUCUAUCUGUCUGGUAAUGAGCUGACAUCGCUUCCAUCCGACGACUUGGAAGAAGGCAGCAAUCUCAAGGUUCUCCACAUCAAUGGCAAUCGAUUCCAGGUUCUGCCCGCGGAGCUUUGCAAGGUCAGCAAGCUUUCCGUUCUCGACGCGGGAAGUAACGCGCUGAAAUACAACGUCUCCAACUGGCCGUACGAUUGGAACUGGAACUGGAAUCGAAGUUUGAGAUACCUCAACUUCUCCGGCAAUAAGCGUCUCGAGAUUAAACCCAACAUUGGCACUGUUGGCCAGUCGACUGGAAGUGGUGCCGAUCUGACUGACUUCACGUCUCUCACCCAUCUCCGAGUCUUAGGUUUGAUGGAUGUUACCUUGACCAUCCCCACUAUUCCUGAUGAGAACGAGGACCGCCGUGUGAGAACCUCUGCCUCUCUGGCUGGCUCACUUGCCUACGGGAUGGCAGAUUCGCUUGGCCGGACUGAGCAUCUGUCUAUCAUCGAUAUGAUUGUGCCACGCUUGAAACCCGACAACGUUGAGACAUUGGUGGGUAUGUUUGACGGCUCGACUAUGUCCAGCGGUGGCUCCCGUGUCGCAAAGUAUCUCCACGAGCACUUCACGCCGACCUUCUCGCGCGAGCUCAAGAAGCUCCAACAAGACCGGGGAGAAACCCCACUCGAUGCUCUGCGACGUGCUUUCUUGGCUUUGAACAAGAACAUGGCUGGGCACGCGUACCGAUCUAUCGAUGAUCGUGAGCUGAGACAGUAUCACCGUGGAUCAUUUGCCUCGAAACAGCUCUGCCAGGACGAUAUCCAGGCUGGUGGAGUUGCUACCGUGCUGUAUCUAAAUAACAUGGAUCUAUAUGCGGCCAACGUCGGCGAUGCACAGGCGAUUCUGGUCAAACAAGACGGCUCAUCGCGCCAGUUGACUCGCGUCCAUGAUCCUGCGGAAUCUAGCGAACGAGCACGUAUCCGUGCCGCUGGCGGGUUUGUGUCUCGUAAUGGCAAGCUAAAUGAUGUGCUCACGGUGUCGAGAUGCUUUGGUCAUUUCCCCAUGAUGCCGGCGGUCAUUGCUGCUCCUGCCACCUUGCACACUACCUUGACUGAGCAAGAUGAAAUGAUCAUCUUGGGGUCAAAGGAGCUGUGGGAGUAUAUUACGCCCCAGUUGGUGGUCGACGUUGCUAGGGAUGUGUAUCCGAAUCUCAUGCUUGCCGCCCAAAAGCUUCGUGAUCUGGCUAUCGGCUUUGGGGCAACGAACAAGUUGAUGGUGAUGAUUCUGGGAGUCAGCGAGCUUCAACGCCGGCAGAAGAAGUGGUCGCGUCCUAGCAUGAACUUGGAACGCUCUGCAUUCCCUGAUGAUGGCAUCGUUCCCUCGACCAAGAUCCGUCGCAGGCCUCGUGAUAUGCCAGCCGACACUCGUCUUGCGCGCUUCGACUAUGUUGACGCUCCGACUGGUGAGCUGGCCAUCAUCUUCACUGAUAUUAAGAAGUCGACUGGUCUGUGGGAGACUUGCCCGGAUGCGAUGCGCUCGGCUAUUUCCAUUCACAACGACAUUCUUCGGCGACAGCUCGGGAUCAUUGGUGGUUACGAGGUCAAGACUGAAGGUGACGCUUUCAUGGUGGCCUUUUCCACUACUACGGCUGCAUUACUGUGGUGCUUCAAUUGCCAGAACAGUCUUUUGGAAGCUGAAUGGCCUACGGAAAUCUUGGAUCAGCCACAGUGCGAAGUUACUUCUGACAUGGAAGGGAAUAUCAUAUCCCGCGGUCUGUCUGUUCGCAUGGGUGGCCAUUGGGGCGAGCCCGUCUGCGAAAAGGAUCCGGUUACCAACCGUAUGGAUUACUUUGGUCCUAUGGUGAAUCGAGCAUCUCGAAUCUCCGCCGUUGCCGACGGAGGACAGAUCUUCGUGUCGUCGGACUUUAUGAGCGAUAUCCAGCGCAACCUUGAGAUCUUUGCUGAUGCCGAGCGCUCCGCGUCCACGAGUUCGACUGACAGCCACCCACGAGUCGAUAGCCUUGGGCACAACAUCCGUCGCGAGCUGAACCAAUUGAACAGCCAGGGCUUCGUGAUCAAGGACCAGGGUGAACGGAAGUUAAAGGGACUGGAGAACCCAGAACCUCUUUAUCUUGUCUAUCCCCAUUCUCUUGCAGGUCGCUUGACAAGCCUGGAAGAGGCUCAGCUAGAGAAAGAAGGCCAGCCAGCGACUAUCGAAAAGACUUCCAAGCUCAACUUGAACACUGGUGAUAUCUGGCGUCUUUGGGAGGUCACUCUUCGCCUAGAGCGGAUUUGCGGCGCUCUGGAGAAUCCCACUGGCGCAGGGCUGAGGGAGCCCAAUGUCGCUUUGUUCAAUAUGGUUAAGAACCACGGUGGUGAGCUUAACGAUUCCACUGUGCUUAGCUUGAUCGAUCAGCAAGUCACUCGUAUCGAGGCCACCAUCAACACCCUAACAGUACGCAACAUGAUGCGCCCCUUCAAGCCUGGCGAUCGACUUGAAGACCACGCCGCCCCCAUCGGCGAAAUCUUCCAACAACUAGCGACGCAACUUGCGGAGUACCGCGCCCUCAAAGAGCAGAUGGCCGUCGGGGUUGCUGGCAUCCCCGACGGACCGCCCGCACCCCAUUACGGCGGCAUCACCCUGCACUCAAACCUCAGUGCAGACAGCAACACGACCUCCGCCUCAUCCUCCUUCCUCCAUUUGGACAAUCCCCGGUCCUUCGAAUCCCGCAACAACCAAUGA